CACAUUGUAGAUCGUAACGUCUACAACGGACGGCCCACUUUUUUCUCAACAAGCAAGGGGAAAAAGUUGAUACUCGAAGGCUCUCCAUUUGGAUUUUGCUGUCUUAUUACUUUAUCGUAAAGGAUUUUACAAGCGCUGGGAGGAAGGAGAGGUUGUUUUUUUUAUUUAAAAAAAAAUUGUGCUCCAAAUGAAGCCAUUGAGAAAUGCCAGUGGAAAUGCUACAUCCUGACCCGAUGCCUCCGUAGGGUUGUCGGACGACAGGCAGCCAAGUCUCCAACGUCUCUGUCCACCUGCGGCGAGCGCCUGUCCUGCUCCCAGCAAUGUGGAUCUGCAUGGUUUACAAUGAGACGGAAAGCAGCGUGGACUUCCGCCUCUGCCAGGACUUUGGCCUCAUCCUGUCCGUGCUGUCCCUGGUCUACCUCCUGGUCUGCUUCCCGCUGGGACUGUGCUACAACGUGCUCCUGGUGGCUGUCAACCUCUCCAACAAGGUGUCCAUGACCAUGCCGGACGUCUACUUCGUCAACAUGGCCAUCGCCGGCCUGGUGCUCAACGUGGUGGCGCCCGUGGAACUGCUGAGCUCCACCUUCACCCGCUGGCACGCGUGGGAAUACACCAACGAGGUGUACAUCACACUGCUCAUCCUCUUCAACAUCUCCUCGCUGGUCAUCAUGUACUCCACCACGCUGCUCAGUCUGGACUACUACAUCGAGCGGGCUUUGCCGCGCACGUACAUGUCCAGCGUGUACAACACCAAGCACGUGUGCGGCUUCAUCUGGGGCGGCGCCGUGCUCACCAGCUUCUCCUCGCUGCUCUUCUACGUGUGCAACCACAUCUCCACCAAGAUGGUGGAGUGCUCCAAAAUGCAGAAUAAAGAAGCGGCCGACGCCAUUAUGAUGUUCAUCGGCUACGUGGUCCCAGCCGUGGCGGUGCUCUACGCCUUCGUGCUUAUCCUGCGCAUACGGAAGGAGUCCACACCUCUGGACCAGGACUCGGCACGCUUGGACCCGUCCAUCCACAGACUGUUACUGGCUUCAGUGUGCGUGCAGUUCAUACUGUGGAGUCCCUACUACAUGACACUGUUGGUCCACACGGUCGCCGGCGCCCCCGGCUACGUCGGCAGCACGCAUUACUUCCCCACUUACUACUUCCUGAGGUGCGUGUCCAAGCUUAUGGCGUUCUCCAGCAGCUUCGCCAUGCCGCUCAUGUACCGCCAGAUGAACAAGAACUUCUCCAAUAAGCUGCGCCGGCUCCUCACGAGGGUGCGCUGCCGGGACCAGUCGUGCCCCCACGAACGCUCCACAGUUCAGCAAGUGGUCACGUGAACCCCCACCCCCCCUGCUCUUCCUGCCUCUACUAAGCUAAGCCGGCACUUAUCUCCCCCGUCUGCCCCGCCUACCUCCCCACAGAGCCAGUAUCUUGCCGCCGCGCCCUCGCCGCUCUGGACUGCGUUAAAAUGCGACAUAGCAAACUGUGGAAUUUCCUGUCACCUUCCAGAGCGCAAUCCAAAGGAUCAGUUCUGCAGAGCAAAAAGAAAAACCACUAAGUGCUGACAUUUUUUUUUUUUUUUUGUGUGUGUGUGUGACUAAGGGAAGCGUUCCACUCCGUCACUUUGGCUUCUUGUUGUGUGUGUGUGUGUGGUGACUUAGCGCCUACGCUAGCUAGCUCUUAGCUCCUUGCAGUGGCCUGAAUCCUGGCAAUGUGACCAACAUAUGACGGAAUGUCGCCCGUACAUUCACUAAGCUCUUCCGCUAUGUAACAAUGUAUCUCGUCUGAUCUAUUUAGCUCCCCCGCGUUUAGCAAGGGGAUCGUAUCGGAAUAUAAGAAGUAGCUCACGCCGCCGCGCAGGCGACGUGCGUGUUGAUUCUAACUAUGAAAUGAAGUCGAACAUUAGCUAGCAUGUUCACAAAGCACUACGCGUACCAGGUAAGCUGCUCGGCCUUUUUAAGUGUAUCACAUUUUAACUCGGAAAAAAACAUAAAGGUCUCUUACGGAAGCGCCGUUACUCUUCUAGUUGACGGAUCUCCUCUCGGGGUACAGCGGAACCUCCGUAAUCAAACACGGGUUUUAAUUUCAAAUUUCAAAAAACUUCCCAAAAACUGUCAUUAAGUGUGCAGUCAAUCUUCUAAGCGUCAUUAUAAAGGGGGACCUAUUAUGCUCAUUUUUGUAUUGAGUUGUGGACUUCUAUAGAGCAGCUACACACAAUAACCCCCACAGAAAGCUUUAUAGAUCUUCCAGAAUCUGCACCAGCUGUAUUUUCUUGGAUUUCCAAAACGGUCUGUUUUAAUUAAUUCCACCCGCGACCGCGCCUUUUUCCAAACCUGAAGACAUUUUUCCGUGCUAACAAAACUCUCUGAAACUCUCUUGAGUACACAUAGCCAUCCCAAACUUCUUUCAGGACGCAUUAUGUGAAACAUAUGAAACACAAACAUAAUCGAAAAAAUAAUCGGUCCCCUUUAACAUACCUAAAAAGUGUAAAAACGAUGUUAACCACUAAACCAAAAUACUACGAGACUUCUAUAGAGCAGCUACACACAAUAACCCCCACAGAAAGCUUUCUAGAUCUUCCAGAAUCUGCACCAGCUGUAUUUUCUUGGAUUUCCAAAAUGGUCUGUUUUAGUUUAUUCCACCCGCGGCCGCGCCUUUUUUUCCAAACCUGAACAAAUAUUUCUUACAAGCCAUUUUUCCGUGCUAACAAAACUCUCUUGAGUACACACAGAAAAAAUAAUCGGUCCCCUUUAACAUACCUAAGAAGUGUAAAAACGAUAUUAACCACUAAACCAAAAUACUACGAGACAAAGAAAUACUGUCAUCUAGUGGCAUUCUAUAGGUAUUGCAGGAAUCACAUACAACUUGUGGUAUACAAUGGAGCCUCUGUAGGCCAACACUAUCCACAGGUUGACUUUCAGGUUGUUCUAAUUUCAAGAUUAAUUCACUCCAGACUCAAACUGUCGCCAUCAUAAAACCUUUUUAUUAGGUGUACAGGCAAGUUUAUAAGUCAUGAGUGUAACAUAAACGAUGUAAACCACUAUAUAAUAAAACUAAAAUCAAGUAAAACUACUCCUAAUAGACAUUUAACGGGGGAGGAACAUGAAAAUAUGUUUCUAUAGUUUUGGAGGUUCCGCUGUAUUUUGAUAGAACUCCUGCAUGCGUAUUUAAAAAAAUUAAAAAAUAAAAAUCGAAAUACCUGAACCGUUGUUGACGGUUCCAGACAGAACCGAUUUACCUCAUUACACAGGAAAUCAUUAAAUCCUCCGAAACCCUAAGAACUUCAGCUGGAACCCCUUGGAACCUGGAUUUGUGAAGCUAUCAUUUUGGUUUGCUACUGAGUGUGCCCCCCGAGGGGAUUGUUUGGUACAUUCCCACUUUCUCAUUACAGAGGGAUGUAUCUUCUACAACACCUGCAAACAAUUACAGUAGAGCACUUGGGUGGGGGUGGGGGGGGGGGGGGGUCACCUUGUGUGAAUUAGAAUUUAUUCAAUACCGUAUUUCCGCAAGGUUAUGUUAUAUACUCAACUGCAGAGAGUACCAGGCAUUUAUUAUCGAGUCCUUAAAGAGUUUUCAUUUCAAAGUACACACAUAAUACUGACCGUUAUUAUGUGUGUACCCUAAAAAAAACUAGUAUUUUUUAAAAUGGCAAAAAAAAACAUUUAAAGUUACAAUUUCAGUUCAUUCAAGUGAGCUUUCUUCUCCAUGAAAAUGCUCUACUCACCAUGUUGUUGCAGUGCCACCUGCUGGGGGAACACCUAGCAUGUUUGGGAUUUUUUUUUUUUAGCUUUAACAACCUCAAAGGUCUCCUGUGUCUUUUUUUUUUUUGGCUAUUUCAACAUCAAAACCUCAUCGGGUCCAAAAACGAGUCAGAAAGUGAGGCUUUUUCCUGUUUUAUGAGUGUACAGUAUGAUGUGAAAUGACUGUGUGUGUGUAUAUAUUGAGAUUUUACAGUACAGAUACUGUAUAUAGGGUGCUCUUUUGAACACAUAGCAGUAUUUUUUUUGGGGGGGGGUGGAUUUGUGAGAGAUUUAUUUAGAUUCUUUAAGUAAUCUACUGUCAUCUGAGUCAAAGACUGAAUAAACGAUAAACUAACAAUGACCUCUCGUUGUUUAUUUGGGUCGUAAGCAUCUAUUUAGUAUGUUUAUUAUUCUGCCUUGCGCUGUAGAUCAUUUGCAUAUUUACUGCUUGACUCGCUGAUAAAAACACGAGGGUCAAGCUAGCAUCUUCUGUUUGUGUGUGUGUGUGUGUGUGUGUGACCUGGAUGGAGCUGUUGCCUAGCAACCUGAGAGGACACAGCCAGUAUCUCAUUGUCAGACCAAAGCGGUGUAUCGGGAUGACAGAUUUGAUCAUAAACCGAUCAGUGUGAUUUACAAAAAUGAUGUAACAAGUUUAAUCUAAUAAUAUUACAUCAUGUGACAUAAGGGAUAUCCUUAAUACAUGAGCUCCGCCUUUUAAAGAAGAAAUACGUUUUUUAUGCAUUUUUAAAUGCCUUUAUAUGUGAUUAUAGUUUGUCAUUAAGUCAAAUUACACUACUGGACCAUACAGGCAUUUUUAAUAUUUUAGUUACUAUAUUUACUGAACACAAAAUGAAUCAAAUAUUACAAAAAGUUCAAAUAAUCAGCAUAAAUGCUUCAAAUUAUAUGAAUGAUAAUGGACAUUUUUGCACAAUUUUACAAACAAAAGCAUUCAAAAUAAUGUCUGCGGUUGUUUUGGUCACCUAAAGACGUACUUUUCUCUCUCGUUAUUUGCAAUUACGCUUUUAACUGGGCACAAAUGAGCUACAUUGACGCCAUAUCAAAGGCUGUUAGGCUUUGAAAAAAAAAAAUGUUUCCUCUCAAAUUGCAUGGAAGUGAACCAGGAAAAGCUCUUAACCCAACAAGCAUCGGCGGGGGGAAUAAGGUUACGCUGACAUUGCACUCCUGGUGUACAGCUUCCUCCAUUAGGCUUGUUUUUCUUGUUGUUUUUGAGACACCAAAGGUACACGGACCACCCGGGUGGAUGGCAUUUGGUUUGAAAUGUUUUAUUUGGUCAGUCAAGUCGUAACUUGACACUCUUUUUUUAAGUGUUGAGUCAAGGAACAG